UAACAGUGCGAGGUCACUUUAUCUGGAUUUGCUAUUCUAUUUCUUACAAUGCAGCAACCUAAAAGUUUUCCUUUCGAUAUUCGAGAUGUUGAAGAACAAGAUAAUGAGGAAAUGUGUAAAUAUUUCUCAGGUAUAAAGGCAAAACAUAAUAUACAAGUUGGACCCAAGAAAUACUUGCUCUUUAGUGAUUAUAAGAAUGAAGCUGAAAAUAUUUAUAACUUGCCGCUCAGACCUGAUGAUAUCUUUAUUGUGACCUAUCCACGAUCAGGAACAACAUGGACGCAAGCAAUAGUGUGGCUGUUGACAUACGGUUUAGACUUUACCGCCGCAAAUAAGACUCCGCUCGAAGAGAGAUCUAUGUUCUUAGAAUUUUUUAUGCUCAUGCACAAGGAUCUUAUCGAUGAGUUAAGAAAGGUACACGCCGGUAACGAGGAGAAAUUGAAGGCUUUGGAACUUUUAAGGGUUCCUGGGACAGUACAGGUCGCUGCAAUGCCCUCACCUAGGGUAAUUAAGACCCACCUUCCAAUGUCACUCAUGCCCCCGAGUUUGCCUGAUAGCUGUAAGGUGGUGUACGUGGCGCGAGACCCUCGGGACGUUGCCGUUUCUUACUAUCAUCUCACCAGCGAAUUUCAGACGUUCAAAUUUAAAGGCGGCUUUAAAUCAUUUUGGAGUUUAUUUGUCAAGGAUUUAGUGUACUGGUCACCUUUCUUUGAUCAUUUAAAAGAGGCCUGGGAGAUGCGUCAUCAUCCCAAUAUGAUAUUUUUGUUUUAUGAAGAGCUAUCGCAGAAUCUCUCUGCGACGGUAAAACGUAUCGCCGAUUUCUUGGGCAAAGAGUACACUGCUAAGCAAUUAGAUGAGCUUUGUACUUAUAUAAAAUUCGAUAACUUCAAAAAUAAUCCAUCAGUUAGCAUCGAUAAUUGGAAAGAGUUAGGAAUUAUGGCAUCAAAAGGAGAGUUUGUUAGAAAAGGCAAGUCCGGAGGUUGGCGUGACUAUUUCGAUGCAGACAUGAGCAUAGAGGCAGAGGAAUGGAUUGCUAAGAACUUGCAGAACACUGACUUGCGAUUUCCAACUGUGUCAAAAAUUAUCAUAAAACGACACAAUUUAAAAACCUUAACUUAUAGUUAUUUGUGGCACUGCAGGCAAUACAACAUAAAUCCCAAACGUCAAUUUUUAAAUAAAAAAAUGGCUGAAUUAAACAAGACCUAUCCUUUUGAAGCUGUCGACGUCGAUCCUGACCAACUUGAACAAAUAAAGAACUUCUAUGACGAUACAUACUUGACGUUUUUCACAACACGCUAUGGACCAAAAGGCUACCUGUUUCCUCAUAAUUUCGGGAGUCUUGGCGCAGAAAUUUACAACAUGGAGUUAAGACCUUCAGAUACUUUCGUAGUCACUUUUCCCAAAUGCGGUACAACAUGGACUCAGGAAUUAGUUUGGCUGAUGGCGAACGACUUCAAUUACGAAGCUGCCGCCGCAACCAAUCUGAAUACUCGGUUCCCGUUUAUAGAGUCAUCGAUAUUAAUAAACAACAAUGCGAUGCCGACAAUUUUCAUGGACGAGACAAUAAAAGAAACCAUGCAGAAAAAUAUAUGUCUAUUAGAGAAAGUGCACAACCUACCGUCUCCGAGGUUCCUCAAGUCCCAUCUACCGCUGUCAAUGUUACCGGUCAAUCUGCUAGACACCUGCAAGGUGGUGUACGUGGCGCGAGACCCGAGAGAUGUCGCUGUCUCCUUCUAUCAUCAUAGUGAUCUGAUGAAAACGCUGAAGGAAGGCAGCGAUUUCAAGACCUAUUGGAAUUUAUUCAUCAAGGAUUUGAUUUCUUGGACACCAUUCUUCGAACAUCUUAAGGAGGCGUGGGAAUUGCGUAAUCACCCAAAUAUGCUGUUUAUAUUUUAUGAAGAACUAUCUCGGGAUCUAGCGGCGUGUGCGCGUCGUAUCGCCAAGUUUCUGAACAAGGAGGUCACGGAGGAGCAAAUAGAAAAGCUCUGUGAUCAUCUUAAGAUAGAUAACUUUAAGAAGAACAAAUCUGUUAAUUUAAAAGAAAUGCAACAAAUAGGAGUAUUCAAUUCGAAAGGGAGUUUCAUAAGAGAAGGCAAAGUUGGUGGUUGGAAGAAAUAUUUCGACGAGGAGAUGAUACAACAAGCAGAUCAAUGGAUAGAAGAGAAUUUGCGCGACACAGAUUUACGAUUCCAGCAGUAAACCUUUGAUAGAAAAUGAUGCAUCCUAUUAAAAAUUACUUAUAUUAAAAAUUAAACAAUUAUUUACUUGUUUCUAAUGUCUUUUUCAACUGAAAGUUUUGUAUGGCGAAAGUGAAGGUUUUUCCCUCAGCUAAAAUAUAAUGCCUGCUUCAGUUUUAAAUGAACAGUUCGUUCUAAAACAGAAGCCCCUAGCGCCUUGUG